AGCAAAGGAGGAUAAAUGAACACGGGGGGUUCUCCCAGCAUCGGUAUGCCUGCCUACCUCAUUUCCACUCCAGACAUAGUUGCCGCUCUUCUGGACAGAAAUAACAGAUGAGGUGUAUUUGUAUGUGUGUGUUCGUGUUUUAAACAUCAGUCACCCUGCGCACUGCCUUCAUCCUCUCAGCUCACAGCAGUCUGCUGUGAUCUUACUGCGAAGGACCAGACAGAAAGACCAGAGCAAGCGGACAUGGAAGAGUGGUGAAAAGAGGUUAAAGGGGCAGCAAAAAAGAAGAGGAAAAAGAAGAAGAAUCAGGAAAGAGAAGCAGGACAGAGGUGGAGUUAAAGGACAGAAUUAGAAGGAGAAAUCAUGCUUAAUGUCUCCUUCUCUCAAUUUAUGUACGCAGUGCAUUACACAAUAAUGUCUUUUCACUGGAAGCUGUGUUUGUGACUCUGUGGACCAUAGACAGAUAAAAGGAAGCUUCAGUCUGUGCUUUCUGCAGCUGCAGCAGAUGUUGAAGACAUCGCUGACUUUAUAGGGAGUGGAGGCAUUUCUAGCAUAGAUUGGACUGGAAUUCCUUUAAACAAAGUCACAUUUCUUUCUAUUUUUUCCUUUUUGUGCCUUCAGCUGGGAAGUUUGCUUUACUGGGGGAAAAAAGAAGAAAAGAAACGCAUAUUUCUUUUUGUGCGUUAAUCUGUUUUUACCUGGUGGUUCUAUAUCUUUGUGUAAACUGCACUGAGGACAAAACAAGGGAGCUUCCUCACCUUUCUCUGUCCUUUCCAUCCCUCCUGCAUUUGAAAUGGCAUAUGGCAGGAGUCUCAUCAUGGAACUGCACCAUGGAGCUUUUCGUUUGGACUGAAACCAUACGGCUACUGUCAGAAUCAGCCCGUUACCUGAGAAAAUAGUGGGUUCUUGGGUUCACCGUACCCUUGAAGGGCCCCUCAGACACAUAUUCCUGCCCAAGAUGAUGAAUUCCUCCCUGGAUCCACAGAAUCAGAGCUCUGCUGACCCAUCAAACCUAUCUGCUCCCUUCUGUCUGCUUGAGAUAGGCUAUUCCCAGAUUUUCACUACCUGCCUCCUUGAAGUCUCUAUCAUACUUCUCCUCACUGUUCUCAUUAUUUCUGGUAACCUGGUGGUCAUUUUUGUGUUUCACUGUGCCCCCUUGCUUAGCCAGCACACCACCAGUGCUUUCAUCCAGACUAUGGCAUAUGCUGAUCUGCUGGUGGGGGUCAGCUGCCUGUUCCCCUCCCUGUUCCUCCUCCAUCACCUGCAGGGCCUCGAUCCCAAACUCACCUGCCAGGUAUUCGGGUACAUGGUGUCUGUUUUAAAGUCCGUUUCAAUGGCAUCGUUAGCAUGUGUAAGUGUAGACCGCUACAUUGCCAUCACACGACCUCUGACUUACGCAUCCCUGGUAACGCCUUGUCGAGUACGCUGCUGCAUUGUUCUAAUAUGGCUCUACUCUGCUCUGGUGUUUCUCCCAUCUUUUCUUGGGUGGGGGAAACCUGGUUACCACGGUGAUGUGGUGGAGUGGUGCGCAGUUCAGUGGAGGACUAGUCCGGCGUUCACAACCUUUAUUGUUGCACUGCUCUACGCCCCAGCUGCUCUCACUGUCUGCUUCACUUAUGCCAAUAUCUUCAAGAUCUGUCGACAGCACACCCGCGAGAUCAGCGAGCGCCACGCACGUUACCGUCCCCAACAGCUGCAGGCCCCUGGAUUGACAGUGGGAUCUGUGGUCAAGGACAACAGUGCAGCAGAACAAGGGCAGUUGCCCCACUUGUCCCAACCACAGAAACCCCAACACCACCAACCACAGUAUCAGCAGCCCACGUCGACAUACCCAGACAAGCGAUACGCUAUGGUACUGUUUCGCAUUACCAGCGUGUUUUAUAUCCUCUGGUUGCCCUACAUUCUCUACUUCCUAUUGGAGAGCGGGGGGAUCUACCACCACCCUGCAGCCUCAUUCCUCACCACAUGGCUGGCCAUCAGCAACAGCUUCUGUAACUGUCUCAUCUACAGCCUCUCCAAUUCUGCCUUCAGGAAGGGCCUCAAACGCCUCUGCUCCUUCUGUUUACAGCGCAGUGGCAGUGGCUUUGGGGUUAGGAACACCAAAAAGGCGUUCAUUGGCAGUGUUGGAAAGGGAUGUGCAGGGCCGGGGUAUGGAUAUGGCCAUAGGGAAAUAGGGAUUGGCACAACAUGUCACGUGUAGUGCACACACAGAGGAAACCCUUGUGCCAAAUUGGCAUUUGAACUUUUUGAAAGAUGCCUGAUGUGAUUGCUGUCAAAUAUCUCCUUUGUUAAGCUGAAAUGUGCCGUAAAGAGAUGGAAGGAGGCGUCGAUCUGCCACUACUAUUGCCGUUGUGUUUGGAAGUUACACAGGUGUCCACUCUGCAUAUGCCACAGCUGGCAAAGAUAGAGAAAGGGAGUCAAGAUUAAAGCACUGAAGGACAGAAAGGCCCAAAUAGCUCAAAAACUGUAGCCCACAAAAUGGUUAAAGAAACCCAGCAUACUGUGUAUGGACGGGGUGAUAGAUGAAAGGGUUUGGAAAGGAGGGGAAAAAUGUGUCUGAAAAAUCUCUGGAGAAGUGACAUUUUUAUCUAUUGGUUUUCUUUCAUCGGAAGGGAAACCUUAACUUAUUUUUCCAAAACAACAAAACAUUACAAGAAACGUGUCGUGAAAAGAUGUAUAUGCAGUAUGUGAAACAGCGUGACCUUUGUUUUUUUGCCAGAUUAUCAGCUCACUAUGUGUUGAAUACAAAAAAAGAAAAUAAAGGCAAAUGGAACAGUUGACUGCUGUGUUUUAGUAAUGUAGUGCUGAGUUGAACUGCCAGUGGCAAGCGGUUUUAGACAUGUUUUUACGAGGUCUUACCCUCUCAGUAUUUACAUGCUAAAAGUGAUAAAGAAAUGGAGAGAAAUGAGAUGCGUCUAGACCCAGUACUUAUGCCAUUAUAUAGUUUGUUUGCAUUGAUUGAACUGAUUAUGGUUUCUCUGCUUUGAGACAUCUAUUCAUGGACUUUGAAUUUUAGAUUAUUUAUUGAUAUUGUUAUACAAGAUAAAACAUUAUGGUUUUAACUAAGUUCACACAUUGAGCCUGCUGUUUGUAUCAUAUGGCAUAGGAUGCUACCCAGCUUUGGUGUACGACUGUUAACCUGACAAAAAUCAAACGUAAUUUUCAGUGAAUUUCUUUUUCAAUGAAUUUUUUAAAUCUUUGUCAGUUUCAUUGCACCUUUGUUGUUUGGAUUAUGUAACUGAACUUAUUUCAUAACUUUGUCCAAGGCAAAGCAAGACCAAGAAAUGAUGUAUUUUUACACUUACUGUACACUGAUUUUUUUGUAUAGCAUUGGGCUGUUUUUAUGUUUUUUUAAAGGUUUAUGAUUGAAGGUAAAAAUGUUAGACAUUGAUAGAUGACCCUUGAACUGUAAUCCUUAACAAAAAUGUCUUUGGGAGUGGCUGAGAGGAACAGUCUAGCUGUAAAUGUGUAAGUGUGGAAAUUUCACAUUGCAAAUAAUUUCCUUACUUUGGUGUGCGCUGUAUUGUGACUACUUGCAUUUGGGGACUAGUGCAUGUGAACACAUGCAAACACACACAUGAACACAGGAGGAUCACAAGUAAACAGAACAGCAAAUAGCCCGUUCACUCUUCCGGCAGGCCGACCCCUGUGUGACACCAUGAAGAGGACCUGACUCCUCAACUGCCUGGGAUUGCAGUUGCAUGUGUGUGUAUGUUUGCAUCUAUGUGCAUGCACAUGUCUUUUUCCAUCAUCUUGUUCCCAUGUGUAGUUUUGUGAUCCCAUUUCACUCCAACUUGAUAUCUACAGCUGAUCAAGACCAAUAGUAAGCCAAAAUGUAUCUAAGUGUAUAUACGGUGUCAUAAACUCAAAAGUUGUGAAAAAUUAUCUAUUUUGAACCAUGGAGACUCAUUUCACAGUUUCUUUAGGUGCAGAUAUUCUCGCUUUAUAUACUUUAUCUAAGCUACCAAAGAAGGUUCAACAGAUAUUCUUGGAUUAUCAUAUUUUUUUCUAAAUAUCUAAUAUAUGAAGGUGAUAUAUAAAAUGCAAGUGGGUUUGGCACAAAUGUUUGUGGAGGUCCACUGCACUGUGUUGGCUUGGUGAUGCCUUGUGUGCAUGAAUAUGACUGUUUCUCAGUAUAUAGUGAUAUAUUGUUGCCUCGAUAUACAAAUGAAAAUGAACUGUUGGGAAAGUAUUUUUCUCUAACAGCUAGUGAGGGCUCAAUUUAUAGACAUGUGACUGUUUUUAGAGGGAAUGAUACAGACUGGCAAUUAUAUGCAUGUGCAGAGAUGAAAUUGUUCAUUAGCCAGCCUCACUUAAUUACACAUUCAGCACAGAAUAACCCGAACCAUAUUUGUAAAGGCCUUUAAAAAAAUGUGACUGUUAAUUCAGCUACUCUUUGAAAGUUCAUAAUUCAUAAUUAUUGUUCCUCUCUUCUUUAAAACUGAAAAUAACCAAGAGCAAACAUAUGACUCAAAACUGUUAAUUUUUUUUUGCAUGUAUUUGUUUGUGUGUGCAUAGUUGUGUGUGAGUGUGUGUGCAGGUAUGUUAGGUUGUGACCAGUGGCUGAAUUGGACUGUUGAAGGUGUUUUAGCAAUGGUGCUAACAAAGUUAUCACCCUUCAUUGCUUGAAUAGCUGCACAUCGCUUCCCUCGGGUAUAUUGUAUUUUGUGAGUGUAUUUGAGUAUGACAUAUAGUGGUGGUAGAUAGAUUCACAAAUUGUCUUCACAUAUUUUGUCUGUCAUCUGUUAAGCAUUGCCAAAUAUUGUAAUCUUUCCAUUUUUACCUUCAUUUGUUCAGAAAUGGCGUGUACAGAAGUGGCAUAUUGAAUGUCUAAUUGUCAAACUACACAAAUUUAUUUUUGUAAAAUCACUUUGUUUUUGUCUAUUUUCUUGUGAAGUAAUACAUGUUGUGGACUCUAAGUAGGCUUAGCAGGAUGCUCACCUACUGACAUGAUUGAAGUUGUGUCUUUAUGAAGAUGCAUUUUAUUUUACUAAGACAGUUUCUAUAAAGUGGUCUAUACUGUCUUUUGCAAUUUGAAAGAUUGAAUUUGGGAUAAGAAGUUUUUCACUGCAAAGAUAUCAGUUCCUACAGCAAUUAAUGGUACAGUUCCUCAGAAAUGUGCGAGAUUUAGGGCAAAGUGGAAAUGAU